CACAUUUUUGCAAUAAAAUUGUGGGAUCCCUCCUGAAAAAAUAUGGUGUGACCCAUAAAAUUUCUACAGCCUACCACCCUCAAACAAAUGGCCAAGCGGAGACCUCAAACAGGGAGCUGAAAUCUAUACUCCAGAAAACAGUGAACCCGAACAGGAAGGAUUGGAGUAUACGCAUUGAUGAUGCGCUAUGGGCAUACCGAACUGCUUACAAAACCCCAAUCGGUAUGUCUCCUUACAGACUUGUGUUUGGGAAAGCAUGUCAUCUCCCUGUAGAGCUCGAACACAAGUCCUAUUGGGCGGUUAAAGAAUUCAACCUCAAUCUUGACGAGGCCGGUGUACAUAGAAAGCUCCAAUUACAAGAAUUGGAAGAACUUCGCCUGGACUCUUAUGACAAUGCAGAAAUAUACAAAAGAAAGACGAAGGAGUGGCAUGAUAAAAUGAUCAUACGAAAAGAAUUUAAACUUGAUGAAAAAGUCCUCCUAUUCCAAUCACGCCUUCGUCUAUUUCCGGGAAAGCCGAGAUCUCGUUGGACCGGACCAUACAAAGUGGUCAAAAUAUAUCCACACGGGGCGAUGGAAAUUCAGGACCUGGAGACGGGAGAGGUGCUGAAAGUGAACGGACAGAGAUUAAAACCCUUCUUUGAGGGUUUUCAACCCAAAAAUGUGGAAGUCGUAGACCCUUCUGAACCGGUCUACGAAUGAGGAACAACAGAAGAUAUCGUCGAGCCACGACGUUAAAUAAAGCGCUUCUUGGGAGGCAACCCAUGCACGGUAUAUUUUUCUUCUUUUUAUUUUAGUAGAGUGUGUGUGUAAAAUCAGUUCAAAAAAAAAACAUGAACUUGGAGUAUACCCGUCCGGGUAUCAUAACCCACCCGGUCGGGUAUUACAGGAUUACGGAGAUACCCGCAUGGCUACCCGGGUGGGGAAAUGAAUUUUAAAAAAAAAAUAUAUGGUGACCCGACCGGGUAUGUGAGUUCACCCGGUCGGGUAUUGCAGACAGACGGAGAUACCCGCAUGGCUACCCGGGUGGGGGAGUGAAAAAAUUGAUAUAAAGAGGCAAACCCGACCGGGUACCUUAUUUCACCCGAUCGGGUAUCAACAACCAGACCUCACUGGUUAAGAACGCAGCUUACCCGACCGGGUCAAAUAAGGAGACCCGACCGGGUUUCCAGCCAAAAAACAUUCUGCCAACCUCCGGAACGCUGACCCGAUCGGGUAAAUAAGGGGACCCGACCGGGUCAACGACUUUUCAGCAUAUACCAGGUCGGGCAUUUCUUCUUCUUCCCCAUUCCUUCUCCCCAAAUUUCGAACCAACCCUCCCCAAACCUCCAUUUUCAUCCACCAAAACUCCCAAAUCUCCCCCAUUCCCACACCAAAUCCAUCAAAAAAACAUCAAUUUCUUCAUCUCCUAUCCUCCCUCUUCCACCCUACACCAAUUAAUCCCUCCAAAAUCUCCCAAAUCAACCAAACUCCAAAACCCUACCCCAAAUUUCGAACCUCUCCAUUUUCGGACAUUCAAGGUCCAAUUUCAAGCCAAAUUCCCCAACAAACACCAAAAACCUCUUCUCCUCAUCAUCCUCUACAAAACCAUACCACUCACCCUCACCAAACCUCACCUCUCCAAAAAAAUCAAAAACCCUUCAAAAAAAAAAGGAGGAAAACAAUUCCAUGGCACCAAAAAUGGCAAGAGUUUCUUCUUCAAGAGCUCCAAGAGCUAUUCCACCAGUAGAGGGCUUCGAAUCAGUGGAGUUUGAGACCGAAUCACAACACAUCCGCUUCCUUGAGCAAUCCGAACGAGAGGUAAAACCCUCCCGCUUUGUAUGCCAAUUGACUUUAACAAUGUUCUGGAUUCAUGACAUUAUGAGAGAGAUAUUCCAAAGGUGUGGCAUGCUUAAAAUAUUUGAUAUGCACUAUUGGCCAUAUUCUCGUUUGGUAUAUGAAUUCUACAGUUCCGUUGAGCAUGUGAAGGAUGAAAAUGAUCACACAAAUAACACGAUCAACUUUCGUUUUCUCAACGAGAACCGCUCACUCACCAAACGAGAAUUCGCUGAACACUUCGGUCUACCUUUGCUUGAUGACACGGUAGCAUAUAGCUCACCGAUGUCCUAUGAACUAUGGGGAAGAAUGACCGGAAUUGUCAAGAUUCGUACCUCCCACCUCAAUGUCAACCAUGUCCAACACCCGGUCUUCCGAAUUUUCUUAAAAUUCUUGGCCAAUUGCUUUUUCGGAAGACCAAACAACCAUCAAACUAGGGUGUGGGAUGUAUGCCUCUUAGCACAAGCUGUUCUUUCGGGUGCCGGGCCAUAUGAUGUGACCACAGUUCUUUGGGAUCACAUAAUCAAUGUUAAAAGUGGUGGAUGAAAAAUUCUGAUAGGGGGUCUAAUUACCCACAUUGCCACGCUAUAUGGUUUUGUAUGCAAUGGUGCACAAAACCACAGGACCCUUCUUGGCCUUCAAUUUUUAAAGAAUGCUGGCGAUGUGACCCUCUCACAUAUCGAACAUGAUGGCCUAGAAAUCUACAAUUGGCACAUCAAACCAGGCCAAGAACUAUUCUACCCCUUCCCUUCCGAAAACCUCCCGCUUAACAUCAUCGAUCACCAAAUCGGUGAUGGACACCACUAUUGUAUGCCCGGGGGAAUUCCACCACACUUUGCACCCCCAGAAAAUGAGGCGGGGGACAAUGAAGCCGCCAAUGAACAGCCUGCCCUUGAAGCACCACCCAUCAUUCCUGAACAACCUCGCCCACAACCCCAUGCUCAUCAAUACUCUCCAUUUGAGCAAGAAAUGCUAAACAGCAUGAAUGCUCUUAACCUCAAUUACACCCAACUUCGGGAGGAAGUUGGGCUGUACAGAAAUGAGCAAAGACACAGCUUCGAGAGGAUCGAAGAACAAAGGCGAGAAGAUUGGCGCCGAUAUGAAGAGGAUCAAAGGAGGACUUUUGGGCCUAUCUACUCCUAUAUCGCGCAUCAGGGAAACUUCACCUCCAUGACCACUCCUCCUCCGGCACCUUCAUGGUACAACCCCACUGAAUGGGGUUAUUUUGGUGGCUUAACCUCUAGUGGUGGAGGCGGGGAAGACAGAUACAGCGGGGAUCAUAUGGACGAGGAUACACAGUAUAGGGGCUAUGGAGGAUUUUUCGAUGGCGGAGAUGCGGGCGGGCACUAGGGACUGUGCCACGGACUAGUGGUGGGGGAGAUCUUCCCGGAUCCUGAGGACAAUUACUAUAGAGAGUUCGGAUUGAAAUUGAAGACCCAUCUUUACUCUUUUGGUUUUGGAGAUGCUUUGUGUAUUUGUUAUAAAAACUUGUGGAUGUUGGUGUUGCUACUCUUGUCAAUUAAGGACCCCUUGGACAGAAUUUGUUUUACUCGAGACUAGUAAAAAUUCAAGUGUGGGUGUGUUUGAUAUGCACUAGUUUAUGUUGCAUAAACGUAUGUUUUUAUGUUGAUUGAGUGUGGAUUUUCCAUCACUUUUAGUUCGUUUGUAAGUACUUGUUUUAUUUUGUUUGUAAUUGUUCUCUCCUUCUUUUUCGGAGUUUUAGAAUAGCGAUAGAGUUUGUAGCAAGGAAAAAGGGAGAAAAACUGAAGACAAAAAGACCCAGGAGCACAAAAACCCGACCGGGUCAGACCUUGAACCCGGUCGGGUCAGUUGAGGAACAGAUCUAAGAAGAAAAAGUAAGACCCGGUCGGGUCCCAUACCCGACCCGGUCGGGUCAGAUAUGACCCGGAACACCAGAACAUGCUGAAGAUCACAAAGAUUUUGAAAAAAAUCUGAUUUAGACCAAACCCGGUCGGGUCCCUCACUUGACCCGGUCGGGUCUGACUUGACCCGGACAAAUUAACGUGCGGGAACAAUGAAACGUGGGAGAUUAUAUGAUUUUGACCGGUACCCGGUCGGGUAUGUACCUAUACCCGGUCGGGUACCCGGCCAAAGGUGUUGAAAAACACAUAUAAAUAGCACUCUUUUUCUCCUCUUAAAAUCAUCCCUUCUUCCAUACUCUUAAGCUCAGUUUAGAAUAGCAUUUCUUUAUAUUUUUCUAGCUAUGUUUAGCCUCCAAAUGAGGAGCUAAACUCCCAUUCUUGGUUUUGCUCUUGAAGCUUGUUGAUUAUUAAAGUUGUGAGUUAUUUUCUUAACUUCUUCUCUUGAUUAUUAAUUCUUCCCUUAAUCUCAUUCUAUAUUAAUGUUGGAGGGUUGCUAAGUGACGAUUAGUUAACGUUCCGACAUUAAUUACUACUAGAAACGAUCAACGAACCGAUGGUUAAUCUUUGGUGGUUUCAUAAGUAAGUGACUUCGGUUUAUUAAUGCACGGUCGUGGUUAAUAAACUUAAGAGGGAUCAAUUUUGUUGGUUAAACCAAAACCGUUGUGUUAAGGUUAUCAAUCUCAAUUGAUUUCAUCAAGGAGUUAAAAAGAUUGAAUGCUACUAUUAUAUCGGUAUACGGCGUUGUUCUAUAUUUGAUUAAUAGUAAGGGUUAUUAAUGAACGGUCGUUGUUAAUAACUACCCUCGAUGAAUUGGAGAUACUCCUCGAUUGAGUAUUCGAGAGGGGAUAAGUUAUAGAUAUAACAAUGAUCGACUAAAAUAUAUCAACAAGUGGAAAGUAGCAAUGCCAAGUCCCAUUUAUUCUUGAAUUAAACACAUAUAGGUUGUUCAUCUUAGUUUUUAAUUAAAUUAAAUCACUCAAACCAAAACCCCCCUUGUUAUUCAUUAAGUUCAUAGAAAGAGAAUUAUACCUUUCCCUGUGGAUACGAACUCUACUACACUAUACUACGUAUAAGUGUUAGUAUUGAAAAUUAUUUUGACGCACCGUGACAAAGUGCUCGUCAGCCCUUUCUCGACUCUAGAGAGCGGGGUUGGAUAGCAUGGACUUGCAUCGUGAUCACGGGUUAGGGUGGAAUCCGAAUCGGAGACCUAACUAGGCUUCGGUAGCGGUAACACAUAAGAUAGGACCCCGAAGGGCCUUAACUUCCUACGGGAUGAUGGGUAUGAGUCCAGGGGCGGGAUGUUGAAAUCCGAACCGAGAGCCUCAUUAGGUCUCCGACAGCGGUAGCAAAUCCCGUAGAAAUAAUAAGACCCACGGGUUGGGUUGUACAAAUGAUAAAUGCAAGGAAAUAUAUAAGAAGGGCGGUGUGCCGACAAAUAAAUGAAUUUACUUAUUAUAGAGAUAAUAAGUGUGAAAUAUAAAUAAAUAUUUAUAUUAUGAUAUCACCCUAUUUUGAGGGUCUUAGAAAUUAAAGCGUUGAUUAUACCCAGUAUAGUUGUCAUUGUACUUGUCAAAUGCUUCAAAGUACUGACCUCCCCUUCACGGGGGAGGCCACCUCACAGUUUCAGGUAGGAGUUGAGCUGCUACCAUCGCUCGUUGCUCCGGGGAAAUCAAGGGAAGAAGACGUGGUUCGUGCUUCUCCCGUUCUGUUAAAAAAACACUUAUGUUAAUGCUCAUGGAUAUUAUUUUUUUGAAUAAUUAUUUGGGGGCUUGUAUGCCCAUGUUUGCCAAAGUGUGGCUAAGACACUCGUAUUAAAUGCUUCCGAUGUUUUAAAUGAAUGUUUUACAUUAUGUUUAUUUAUGGAUCUAAGAUGUGUGAAUGGUAUUCAAGACGUCUUGUAUAGUAUGGAUGAGUUGGACUGCGGUUGACUAUUCGUACUGUACGGAGGGUUGUUGACGUGUUCGGGUAGGUCCGGGGCGUGACAAGAUUGCUCGGGUAGUUGCGGACUGUGUGGAGAGGCACCGGAGUCGCUGGAUCAUUUAUUUAGACGUUGCACUUUUGCAAAGGAAGCGUGGACAGAACUUCAGUGGCAAUGGAGGUGGAUGUGAUAUGGCUCUUUCGUGGAUCAAGUUUGCGAAGAAUUCCGAAAAAAGAAGAAAGAAGAUCUCGAGCAACUGGUUUGGGGCUGUUGGGCUUUGUGGAGUGAACGGAAUCAAAGGGUGUGGCAGGGAACUACUUCUUCAGCGAGGCAGAUUGUUCACUGGACCCGAGUUCUAGUUGAAGGGUGGCGGCAAGCUCAGAUGCAAGUUGCUAGGGGAAGACGGGUGCAUCCAGUUCAGCAAGGGCGCGCAACCUGGAGCAGGUCAUUGCAAGGAGCUUGGAAACUGAAUGUGGAUGCGGGGACUAGAGCAAACAGAUGCAGGUUGGGCUGGUGUCUGAGGAAUACGGAGGGACAAUUCGUAGCCGGUGUUUCUAAACCAUGGCCAAGCAGAUUGUCAUCACUGGGAGCUGAGCUAGUCGGAAUACGGGAAGCACUGAGUUGGUUGAAAGAUUUUUGUGACAUUGCGAUCGAAGUUGAAUCUGAUUCAGUGGGGGCGAUUUCUGAAAUUCUUAAUGGCUCGAGUUGCUCGUUGGUGGGGUUGUUAAGAGAUGACAUUGGAGACUUGGCUAAGUUUUUCUCAAACUAUUUCUUUUAGUCAUAUUAGGCGGUCAGCGAACAAGCCGUCCCACUUGCUUGCAAAGGCGGCUUGUUCUAUGCCUGAUUCGCAAUCUUGGUUUGAUUUUCCUCCUUCUUUUCUUGUAUCGGCAUUAGCCAAG